AUAUAUAGUUUGGAGUAUUUCUCCUAGUACACAGACUACGUUAAUCAUUACGCUUCAAUCAAUUCACACACAUGUCCUUUGAACUCACCUUCUUGGGAUCUUCAGGUGGUCCAUUGGAAGGAUCAACCUGCUCCAUCUUAGUUAAGCCACUGCACAUCCCUUAUAAAACCAUCAUCGCUGACCAAUCACUAACCGAUGAACUUAUAUGCAUUGACGCUGGAUGUGGGAUAGGUCAGCUAGCAGAUAUCAUCCAUCAUGAAACAGCGACACAAAAGCCUCAAUGCAAACUAUUGGAUUACUACCCUGAUAGCCAUCCCAUAUCGGACUAUUAUCAUAAGAAAGUCACCGUCACUACACCAUUCUCCAAACUCGCCCAACGAAGAGCCAUGUUCUAUUCACAAACUAUAUUCAAUCUAGUGUCGACAUAUUUGAUAACCCAUCCACAUUUAGACCAUGUUGCUUCACUAGUCAUCAACUCGGCUGGGUUCUGCAACUCACCCACGAAACAAGUGUAUGGCUCGUCGCAUACGAUAGACGCCCUUCAACGACACCUAUUCAACGGGGUUAUCUGGCCUAACAUGCCCAGUUUUGAAAUCCUCAAUCUCAUACCCGUCCAAUUCACCCAACCAACCCUUAUAAACAACUCAGUAUACACGAUAACCAUGUUCAAGCUUUCCCAUGGUGAAUUAAACAAACUUGAUGAUCAUCGACGGAGAUCAGUCAUUGCAAUCCCCACCAAUGGUGCUGCUGCCCACAAACAACACUACCUGUCAUCAGCAUACCUUGUCAAGCACAAUAUCACGGGUGCUUCCUUGCUUGUGUUUGGUGACUUUGAAUCAGAUAUCAUUUCCAAACUAAACCGUAAUCAGGCAUUAUGGAAGGCAGUUGCUCCUUUUAUCAUUAGCAAGAAGUUAAAGGGCAUAGUGGUGGAAUGUUCUAAUCUGAGCAAUGUCCCUGAAGAUGAACUAUAUGGUCAUCUUACUCCGUCCCACCUCGUAUAUGAGUUGAAUCAACUACGGAAACUAUGUAUAGAAUUAGACCCUGAUAAUGAUGAACCAUUACGAGGGUUAAACAUCGUGGUUAAUCAUAUCAAGGAUCCAAUAGUUAAUUUUGAGUGUGGAGAGAAACAAGCUGAGCGAUUAAAAGACCCAAGAUAUCAAGUAUUGUCAGAGUUGAAUAAAUUGAAUGAAGUUGAACGGUUACACUGUCGCUUCUCAAUCGCAUUAAGCGGAGUAUCAUUGAUUAUAUAGGCUUACAUUAGAAGUAAUAGAAAAGUGUAUUUAUGUAUCAAAUAUAAAACAAACAACUAUUGCACAAUAUAGUUCUCGGAAGUAACAUGUGAAUGUAAAUCAAAUGGUAAUGAUGCUUCGUCUUCAUUGUUUGCAACAACAUCAAUAAUAGAAACUCCACCAAGUGAAACAUCACUUUCAACAACUCCAGUAUUAACAAUAUCAAAUUGUACUUCCAAUGGAAACAAAUCAUCUUCUUCACUGACAGGAAUAGUAAACUCAAAUGAUCCUUGAGGAUCCUCGAUUGAAAUUUCACCAAUUUGGAAAAUAAUUCCUUCAUUACUAACAUCAUAUGAAAUUUGAUCAUUACCACCGUCUUGUAAUUGAACAUCAUCACUAACUAUAGGAACAGUAAUUCUUACUCCUUGGACAUGCGAUUCAGUUGCACUAUGACUAUCAAUAAACUCACUGGUUAAUUCAUAUUCUAAUGUAACAUGGGCAACACCGCUACCAUCAACAUUGACCCAGGCAGUGAUUACAAUUGGAAUCAAACUUGAAUUGUCAGCUUUACCGACAGAUCUCCAUCUUAAAACACCCAAUGGUUGAUCAUUGGCAGGGAAGGUUUUACUCUUGUCCUUGACACUGAUGACACUACCACUAGUGAACAAGUUUCUAUCAACAUUAGGGUGGGUCUUGAAAUGUUUCUUGUCACCAGUCUUACACAAGAUCUUGGCAUUACUAAGGGCCAGAUUGUUGAUACGUAAUUGUAAAUCACCCUUAACUUCAGAAGAUAUGAUUGAUCCAUCACGAGAUAAUUGAGCACUAACUUUUUCAUUGAUAGUGAUUAAGAUACCGUUGUUUGGAACUUUACCAGCACCAGCACCACCGGUACUUGGAGCAGGUGAAGCACUAGGCGAGAACGAACCUGGAGUUGCAAUUUGAGGAGGUUGUUGAAUAUUAGUAUGAUGGGAAAAUACUGGUGGUUGAGCAGCAAGCAAUGGUUCAGCAGCACUUUGAGUAGGAUUAGAAACUGAUCCUCUUGAUAUAGCAGGAGGUGCGUGUGAUUGUCUGGCAGACCCAGCUUUCUUCCCUAAUUGCAAUCCACCUCUUGCUGGAGGUCUUGGUGCUAAAGCAGGAGCAGCUUGACUAACUUCCACGGCAGGAGCUGGUUGGUAUGUUGGUUGAUAAGAUGGGGUUUGUUGUUGAUACAUAUCAUAUCCCAUGGAGCCACCAGCAUUAACUUGACCAAAGGCCAGUUCCAUGUUCUUUUUGGCAGAUUCUUUCCUCUGUAUUUCUUUGGCACGUCUCUUUCUUUCUUCGGUAGCUUCCAAUUCCUUAUUACGUUCGAUGAUUUCUUGAAUCUUUUCUUCAUGGGAAUCCAUUUCCAAGAAAGUUUGAACUUGACUUAAGGUCAAGUUUUCCUUGAAUCCUAAGUUGAUAAUCUCGUCGAAUGCUCCAAUUAUUUCAAAUGCGCUAUCGAAAAUCUCACGUUCAUCGACAUUUCUAACCAAGUUACUCACGGUGGACGCAAACAAAUGCAAUGUGUCGAUAUCUUGCAAGAUAUUCGAGGUCUUAUUGGUGAUGAGAACAAUAUAGAAUUCUUCUAAUGGUUGGUAAACGUAUCGUACGUUGUCAUCUUCGACACUAGUAUGUUGACUACUAGAGUUGGAAAUCAAGCUGGGGAAGUUGGCGAGAAGGGCAGUGAUUCUAUCACGAGAUAUGUCUCGGAAUUGACGGGACACAAGUGGUUUACCACCACGUGUACAUAUAGAACCAGCAAGAACAACCAUAUUUUAUAGUUCAAUUGGGAAUUGAUUGAUUUAGAUUUGUUUGGUUGAUGUGGUUGAAAUUU